CCCACAAUGCAUUGCACUUUAAAUCUGAGAAAUGCCUAGGCCUUGGUACUACUUUGAUAUCUUUCACCACGGGCAGAUUUAGUGAUUUGGGGGCCCAAGCAAAAUGUAGGAAUAGGGCCCUCAUUUCAGUGUUUUAACAUCGAUAUUUAAUAUUUCAGCAUACGUUAUUUAGCAUUAAUAGCAAUAAUCGGGGUGAACUGGGACCAAAAAGGGGCCCUGGACUUUCUGGCCCAGAACGGACCACCACAACCAGCCCAUGACGUGUUACAUCAUAACACACCGGCUCACUGAUGAGUUCAGUUUCAUUUGGGCAGAGAGCGAGCGAGGGAGAGAGACAGAGAGAGAGCAUGAACCAUGCUGAGAGAGAGAGAAUGAACCAUGCUGAGAGAGAGAGAGAGAAUGAACCAUGCUGAGAGAGAGAGAGAAUGAACCAUGCUGAGAGAGAGAGAGAGAGAGAGAGAGAGAGAGAGAGAGAGAGAAUAAGAAAGAUGAUUCAGGAUGAUGUCAGACAGCAGAAUGGCCGCCAGGGGGCGGCAGAGGCGCAGGUGCUGUCUAUAGCUCCGCUUUAAACGACCGUAGAAGAACCAAAGGACUGCGAGAGCAACGUGAGAGCCAUGCCGAAAUCGAAGAGGGAUAAGAAAGUCUCUUUAACAAAAACAGUCAAGAAGGGAUUGGAAGCGAAGCAGAACCUGAUUGAGGAGCUGCGGAAAUGCGUCGACACGUACAGGUACGUGUUCAUCUUCUCAGUGGAAAACAUGAGGAACAGCAAACUGAAAGACGUCCGAACAGCGUGGAAACACAGCCGAUUCUUUUUCGGCAAGAACAAGGUGAUGAUGAUUGCGCUUGGGAAAGGACCGACAGAUGAAUACAAGGAUAAUUUGCACAAGGUGAGCAGGUUCCUCCGAGGGGAAGUAGGAGUCCUGUUCACGAACAAAACGAAAGACGAAGUACAAGAGUAUUUCAGCGGGUUCAAAGAGAUGGAUUACGCUAGGGCAGGGAAUGUGGCACAGAUGGCGGUGACGCUGGACGAGGGGCCACUGGAACAGUUCUCCCACUCCAUGGAGCCUCAACUCAGACAGUUAGGACUGCCUACAGCGCUGAAAAAAGGUGUCGUCACGUUAUUAAAGGACUACGAAGUGUGUAAAGAAGGAGACGCGCUCACUCCUGAACAAGCCCGUAUUCUGAAACUGUUCGGGAUUGAGAUGGCUGAAUUCAAAGUGACCAUAAAGUGCAUGUGGAAUUCGGAGACCGGAGAUUUCGAGCUGUUAGCGGAAGGUGAUGAAGAGGCCAUGCAGGCAAAAGACGAUGACGACGAUGAUGAUGAUGAUGAAGAAGAGGGUUAAUGAAAAGAAACAAUGGACUUUCCACAUGGACAUUAAACAUGUUUGUUUAACUUUGAAAAAGCAGGAUACAUAUUUGUGCAGAUAUUUCUUCAACAUGUGUUUUAUGUGAUUUUAUGAUCCAAACGUUCUACAUGACUUUCCUCGUUUGAUCCCUUCAAAUUCCCCCCAAAAAAUACUACUUUCAAACCGACAUCAUUUGCUUACUUUAGGUGUGCUGAUAUGGGAUUAAAUGUUCAGUUGUUUAUAUAAAAAAAAAAAAAAAAAAAAAGUAAUAAUAAAAUGCUGAAUGUUCACCAGUGAUAUUUAUUUAUCGUUAGAGUAUCAAAAAUAAGUGCUAAAUUACAAAAGUCAAAGUUUAGCUUGAAUUAUUCACAUGGAUGGAAUCAAAGUUAUUUCUGGGCAAGUCUGAACAAAGUGAUAACUUCGUACAAUAUAUUUCUGGGGAAAUUAACAUUAUAGUAGAUCCUCCUUCAUUUUCAGCUGUAAUUAAAGGCGAGUGCGAGUCCGCUGUGCGUCUAGCGGAAGUAGUUAGGACACUCGUGAGCCACUAAAUCCCAGCCGCGCUUGAAGGCAUCCACCACUUCCUGCUUUAGAGGACCUUCUUCAGCUGCUGCUAAGUUCUCCUGAAGCUGCUCCAUGGUGGACAUCCCGACGAUCACGGCGUCUCCGAGCUCAGCCUGAGGAAAGCAGGAUUCUUUACUCUGCAUAUAACGCAUCAUUUCUUUUUACGGAAACAUUAUUUACACGAGUUGAAGACUUGUGUACGUUUUUUGAAACGCGGCCUGUUCUAACACGAUUUGUUGAAUUUAUUUGCUAAAGAAAAUUGUUCUGUAUGAAUUCUACAGUUAAACAAUUCACGAAUUAUUGAUGCAGAUGGUACGUAGAGGCAGUGUUUAUAAUUUUUAAGCACCACAGAGUGCUGAUCCGGGCUCAGUUAUCAUUGAGCAUAUUCAAAGGAAUACAGAUAAAGCUGAGUACAAAAGUUUGAGUCCCCUUGGCAGAUGAUAAAGACAGAUACUGCUAUUUUUGUGCAGGUAACACAAAUUGUGUGUUUUAAGAUAACCGAAAAAAAUAUAUAAAAAAAGAUAUUAGUUUGAAAAUUUACAUUUCUUAAGUAACGUCUAUUUCCACCUCUAACCUCCUAUGGCAAAAAACCCCCCAAACUUUUCCUGUUGUUUCUGUCUUAUGUUUUGUAUUGUUACAGAAUUCACCCAGGAAUUGUUUUUUAUUUGAAGAUAAAUUGUUAAACAAAA